CCUUUCCCACCAGGCCAGACACCCCGUCCCCCCUCCCUGGCCAUGGCCCCCGGGGACCCGGCAGCCCCCGAGGGGGGGGUCCCCAUUCCUUGGGGGGGGGUAUCCCCAUUCCAGGGGUGUCCCCGCGCUCCCGCUGACCCCCCUUUCCCGCAGGGAUCCCAGCCGGAGCCGGGGACGCAGCCCCCCCGCCAGGCCCCCCGGAGCGGGCAGCAGCUCAGAGGACGAUGCUCCCCCCACCCCGGCCGCGUGUCCCCCACAGGGAGCAAGCGCUGUGCCUCCUGCAAGACACGCCGGACCCCGCUCUGGCGGGCAGCCGAAAACGGGACCCCCCUCUGCAACGCCUGCGGCAUCAGGUACAAGAAAUACCGGGUGCGGUGCCGACGGUGCUGGAACGUCCCCGGGAAGAGCGGGACCCCCCGUCCCCAGUGUCCCCACUGCGGGGAGCGGUGUCACCCGGCCGGCGGCGGGAGGAGGUGACGGCGAGGACCCCGGCAGCGGCGAGGGGACGGCGGUGACGGCGGUGGCGGCA